GACCCGCAGCCUCCCUCUCCACCGCCCCUGCUGUACCCAGAUGUCGGCGGCUUCCGGGAAGCCCGUCGGACAACCCGCCUCCACGCGCUUGUCCACGAGUCUGCCCUACCCUGGCGGUGGCCUCUUGGCCGGCACCCUGACCCCUCCUUUUCCGCAGGUCCCUCUUGGUGGUUCCAAGAAGACCCCCGGCACAAUAAUGCCCUCCUCACCGGGCCCCCCGCGCCGGCCCUCCUCGGACCCCUCGGCCACCCUAGGGGACGCUGAGGCAGCGCGCCAGCGUUUCCGGGGGUUCUGCUACCAGGACGUGGCGGGUCCUCAAGAGGCCCUGACCCGGCUUCAGGAGCUGUGCCGCCGGUGGCUGCGGCCGGAGGUGCGCUCCAAGGAGCAGAUGCUGGAGCUGCUGGUGCUGGAGCAGUUCCUGGGUGCGCUGCCCCCUGAGAUCCAGGCCUGGGUGCGGGACCAGAGACCAGGCAGCCCUGAGGAGGCUGCAGCCCUGGUGGAGGGCCUGCAGCACAACCCCGGGCAGCUACUGGGCUGGAUCACAGCCCAUGUCCUGAAGCAAGCAGUGCUCCCAGCACCACAGAAGGCAGAGGACUCACUGGGGAGCCUCCACCCUCCAGGGAUAGUAGAGCCCCUCAGGGCAGCCGCUGGGGAGGGGCCGAAGGAUGCCCAGAUGGAGGGUUCUGCCCAGCUCAGCUGUAGUGUAAAGAAGGAGCCUGAUGCCGAUGGGCAGGAGAUGGCACCCGCCAGUCCCCCAAAUCCAGCCCAGUCCCAAGAGGGGCCAGUUGGACCUGGGGGACCAGAUUCUGCCUCCUUCCACCCACCCAGGAUUCAGGAGGACUGGGGGCUGCUGAACCCGUCCCAGAAGGAGCUGUACUGGGACGCGAUGCUGGAGAAGUACGGCACCGUGGUGUCCGGUCCCCGGGAGCCGGGCGCACCGCGCCACCCCCGGCACGCGCCCCCGGCAGCUCGGAAGAACUACGCGUGCGAGGAGUGCGGGCGCAGCUUCAGCUGGAAGUCGCAGCUGGUCAUCCACCGCAAGAGCCACGCUGGCCAGCAGCGCCACUUCUGCAGCGACUGCGGCCGCGGCUUCGACUGGAAGUCCCAGCUGGUCAUCCACAGGAAGAGCCACCGGCCCGAGGACCCGUGA